UCUGUGCGCAAGAGGGCGACGUGAUUCACUGCGCAACUCAUUUAUUCAGCGUCGAAGAACUGAACUUAGUCGGAACAGAAAUAUGGCGGCACCCGUGAAAGCAGCGCAUGAGCUGCAAUCCAGAACCCGGACAGAAGAUGUUCUGAUUAACGGGGGUGUCGAGUUCAGCUCGUUACUUCUCUCAAAACCCGUGCUUGAGGGGUUAUCUGCCUCUGGCUUUCACAGACCGUCCCCCAUCCAGCUGAAGGCAAUCCCGCUGGGAAGAUGUGGACUCGAUCUUAUUGUUCAAGCCAAGUCUGGCACAGGAAAAACCUGUGUGUUCACCACCAUCGCUUUGGACUCUCUUAUAUUAGAAAACACAACCACACAGGUGCUGGUUUUGGCCCCCACUCGGGAGAUUGCAGUGCAGAUUCAUGCUGUUGUUAUGGCUAUAGGCAGUGCUAUGGAGGGCUUGGAGUGUCAUGUGUUCAUUGGCGGCCGACCUAUCAGUCAAGACAAACUGCACCUGAAGAAAUGCCACAUUGCCAUUGGUUCACCAGGUCGUAUUAAGCAGCUAAUUGAGAUGGGAGUCCUAACUACAUCCUCCAUUCGCUUGUUUGUUUUGGAUGAGGCUGAUAAGCUGCUGGAGGAUGACAGCAGCAGCAGCUUUCAGGAGCAGAUCAACUGGAUCUUCUCCUCUUUACCAGCGAACAAACAAAUGUUGGCCCUCUCUGCCACCUACCCAGAAUCUUUAGCACAUAAUCUGUCAAGAUACAUGAGAGAGCCGACGUUUGUGCGACUGAACCCGACAGACCCUGGACUUCUUGGGCUGAAGCAAUACUAUAAAAUCGUGCCGUCUCAUUCAUUACCUCAUAAAGUCUUUGAGGAGAAGGUUCAGAGUCUCCUUGAACUCUUCAGCAAAAUCCCAUUUAACCAAGCCCUGGUAUUCUCAAACCUCCAUACAAGAGCUCAGCACCUGGCUGAUAUCCUCUCCUCUAAAGGUUUGCCUGCGGUCUGCAUCUCAGGUGGUUUAAGCCAGGAUCAGAGGUUAGAGGCGAUGUGGAAGCUGAAACAGUAUCAGUGUCGAGUUUUAAUAUCCACUGAUCUGACCUCACGUGGUAUUGAUGCUGAGAAGGUGAACUUGGUGAUUAAUCUGGAUGUUCCUCAGGACUGGGAGACCUACAUGCACCGUAUUGGUCGUGCCGGACGAUUUGGCACUCUGGGGGUUGCUGUGACCUACUGUUGCCAUGGAGAGGAGGAGAACAAAAUGAUGGCCAUCGCUCAGAAAUGUUCUCUGAAUCUCAUUCAUUUACCAGGUACUUCUAGAAGUAGAAGAAUAUUCCCGGUUCUGUGCCAGCUAAACUCGACAGCAUUUAUGGCAUAA